AUGGCCCCGCUGGGCGAGCUGGGCGCCUUCCUGGGCGGCCUCGAGGGCCACGGGCCGCCCGUGCUGGGCGCGCACUUCCUGCUGCCGCCGCCCGGCGAGCGCGCGCCCGCGGAGCGCGCGCCCGCGCCCGCGGAGCUGGCGCACCUGCAGGGCGUGCUGCGCCGGCGGCAGCUCUACUGCCGCACCGGCUUCCACCUGCAGAUCCUGCCCGGCGGCAGCGUGCGCGGCACCCGCCACGACCACAGCCCCUUCGGYAUCCUGGAGUUCAUCAGUGUGGCGGUGGGACUGGUCAGCAUUAGAGGUGUGGACAGCGGCCUUUACCUUGGAAUGAACGAGAAGGGAGAGCUCUAUGGAUCCGAGAAGCUAACUCCCGAAUGCAUCUUCAGGGAACAGUUUGAGGAAAACUGGUACAACACUUACUCCUCCAACGUGUACAAACACGGGGAUUCAGGGCGGCGAUACUUCGUAGCACUUAACAAAGACGGUACCCCCCGAGACGGGGCGAGGUCCAAAAGACACCAGAAGUUCACGCACUUCCUCCCGAGGCCCGUGGAUCCCGAAAGAGUUCCAGAACUGUACAAGGAUGUGUUGGGAUACAGCUGAGGAGGAGCAGAAGCUCAAGGAAGAGCCAUCCUGGAGACAUUCAAGGUUACUGCUUUGUCUGACAACACCAGCCAUGAGGGAGAGCUGGCAGAGUUCUGCAGUCCUGGAUUUGAAGAAGCUGCUUAGUGACAGCCCCACCUCUAAUUCCUGGCGUUGGGAUUUAGGAGAYGAAUCCUUAGAGAGGAUCAGCCUCACGUGGGUGUGCGGAACUGUGUGGUAGCCAGGAGCUGAUGAGAAGCUGGAGCGUGACUUUUUUUAAAUACCAAACUCCUGCUUGUUUGGUCUGGAUUACCUACUGUCCUUAGCAAAGAACUACCUACAGUAUCUGGAUCAGAGAAUAGCUGGAAGAAAUAGCAAAAAGUGAACUGUAAAAUAGCGAUAAACCUGGGAACUGUAUAUGAAGUUGAAGUGGCUCCACUUCUGUGAUGGACYUUAGAUGUCAAUGUAUCACAAUCAGAGCUGGAACUUUUCUUCAUAGGAUGGACCUAUUUAUACAUCUCCAGAUAGCAUAUAUUUAUUUUAUAUAUUUAUUUAUUGAAGAGUUUAUUUUUUACUGGGAUAUGAAGAGAAUACAAGCCCCAAACCCAAUGAGAAAUCAUUUAUGGUGCUGAUCUUUAGUACUGUCUGAAUAGUGUCAUGGUGCAGAAAUGACAUUACAUUGCAAUGGAUCCAAAACCUGGAUAUUCRUUCAGAUCUCAUUGUUUAUCAGUUAUAGAUCAAGUUAUAUUUUGUGCACAUACCAAUUGUCUCAUGUCUCCUUGUUUUGGAGUGAACAGUGGUUAUUUUUGACCUAGGAAAGUGCCUUACAGAUCUGUACCAAAUUCAUAUGCACAUUUGAAAAGGGAA